AUGAACCAACAUCUUGAGGAAGAGGAUCAGAAGAGAAAAGGGAUAGCAUUUAAAGCUUCUACCCAGAAGGAAUAUGACGAGAGUAGUGAUGAAGGAGAAGAUGAUAAUGAGAAUGAUGAUAUUGCCCUCCUUGCAAAAAAAUUCAGUAAGUUUAUGAGGAGAAGGAAGAUGAACUUCAAAAGGAAUCCGAUAGCAAGAGGUGAGAUAGAAAAGGAUAAGGAUAAAGGGAAAGAUCCCUUAGUGUGCUAUGAGUGUAAAAGACUCGGACAUUUUAGGCUAGAUUGUCCGCUCUUAAAGAAAUCGCAAAAGAAAAAGAAGAAGGCAUUUGUUGCAAUGUGGGAAGAUAGCGACGAAUCCUCAUCUAAAGAAGAAGAACCCCAAGAAGUAGCCAACAUUUUCUUUGUGGCUCAAGGCAAUGAGGUAAGCUCUAAUGCAUCACCAAAUUUCACAUUCGAUGAAUUAUAUGAAGCCUUCAUUGAAUUAGUUAGUGAUUACAAGAAACUUGGCAUGAAAAAUAAGGAGUUAAGAGCUGAAAACAAAACUCUAAAUGAAUUAUUUGAAAAAUACAAUGAAGAAAAACAAUCCUUAACCAAUGAAAUGAAAAAUUUUGAAAUUUGA